AUAUUUAUAAUAUAUUUUUAUUACUUAUUCCAUCUUAAUUGUAAUAGACAAGUAUGGAUGUUAAAAAUCUUGAACCUUACGCUAUUAUAGGUUUUGAUGGUUCUGCUAUAAGAAGUUUGAAAGUUCAUCCAAAUGGUGAACAUAUUGUAUACCCGAUGGGUAAUAAGGUGUGCAUCCAAGAGUGGAAGACAAAGAAAAUGUCCUUUCUUAGUGGACACACAAACAGCGUCUCUACCGUGGCCGUGUCUCCCAAAGGAACGUAUGUGGGAUCCGGGCAGAUUAACCAUAUAGGUUUCAAAGCGUCUGCGAAAGUGUGGGAUUUCAAGAAACGAGUGGUAGUGGGCACUCAUGAAUUGCACAAGGUUCGCGUAGAAGCACUAACGUUUUCAUCGGACGAGCGCUACAUGAUAUCUCUUGGUGGUCGGGAUGAUGGUUGUGUAGUACUAUGGGAUUGUGUCGCUGGCGCUGCCACUGGAACGGCGGCGGCUGCGCGCCUCACAACGGGGGAUGCUAUGACGCUCACUGCUUUGACUUUGCGGGUUAAUUCGUUUGUUACUGGCGGUGAUUCCAAUCUUCGUGUCUGGAACAUACGUGCGGCGAGCAAGAAUUUAGAUGUCGUCGACGUUUCGCUCGGCAAAUUGCGUAGAACUGUGCGAUGUAUUGCCAUCAGCCAGGACGAUUCCUAUGGGAUAGCUGGCACUACUUCAGGUGAUAUGAUCAAGUUUUCCAUAAAUUACCCUCCGGAUCCAAUGAUGGAUGUCGCCAAUAUUAAGCCAACAUUCCUCGGAUGUUUGGCUAAAUGUGGACCUUGGAAGAAAGGAAAGCGCCCAGAGUCACUGUGUUAUAGUCUCGGAAUAGAAACAAUAAUGAUCAUGGAAGACGGAUGUUUAAUCGUGGGUUCUGGGGAUGGUACUGUGGAUAUUUUGGAUGAAAUCAAUUGGAAGGGAGACUUCCCCAAAGGCAAAGUUCUAGACCCGAAUAAGCCGUUUUAUAGAGCGUUAAAAUCAACAAAACUGAACGGAAGCAUAACAUCACUUGAGUUGAUGGAGACGCCUCAACUGCGGGGUGAUAAACGACUGCUAUUAGCUGGAACCAGGACGAGUGAAAUAUACGCGAUAAAUGUGAAAACCUUUGAACCGACCCUGGUUGUGACGUGUCAUCGAUGUGCUAUUAAUGAUAUUGCGUUUCCGAAGGGAAUGUCAGGUGUGUUUGCUACAGCUGGCGCGGGCGAUGUUCGCGUGUGGUGCGUUAAAACUGCACAAGAGUUGUUACGUAUCGUCGUGCCUAACUUUAUUUGUUCAUCCGUUUUGUUCUCUAGUGACGGAAAGUCGAUUGUUUCAGGUUGGAACGACGGGAAUAUCCGAGCCUUCACGCCACUAACUGGUAGAUUAAUUUAUUGCAUUUUUAACACGCACAAUAAGGGCGCUUCGGCACUUGACAUGACGCAUGAUGGACGGACGCUCAUUUCUGGAGGUUGUGAGGGUCAGGUUCGUCUCUGGGACAUAAAACCGGAGUGCCAGAGUCUAAAGAAAGUCCUCAAAGAGCACAAGAGUCCCGUGUCGGCGAUACAAGUGUCGCCCAAUGAUAUGGAAGCGGUCAGCGCGGGGACCGACGGAUCGUGUAUUAUAUGGGAUCUCGUUUCGCUAUCCCGUCGCCAAGUGAUGUACGCGAACACGCUGUUCAUGUGCGUGUGUUUCGAACCCCGCGGCUGUCAGCUAUUAACCGGAGGAACAGACCGACGAAUUGCUUAUUGGGAAACUGGUAGCGGGAAUCUUGCUAGAGAGUUGGAAGCUAGCAAAGUGGGCGCUAUUAACGGGGUUGAUAUAACUCAAAACGGUGAAUUAUUCGUCACAGGGGGAAAUGAUCAGAUGGUGAAGCUAUGGAAGUACCAGGAGGGCAUCUACACGCACACGGGGCUGGGGCACGCGGGCGCGGUGACGUGCUGCCGGUUCAGCCCGGACGGCGCCAAAGUGGUCAGCUGCUGCGCGGCCGGCUGCGUCAUCGUGUGGCACGUGCCGCAGCAAUACUGUCAAAAGGAGAAACCGCCAUCUAGCAGGAGAAGUGUGCAGGAAUCUCCAAAAACACUACAAGAAGAGUUGAGGUUGCCUCUCGACGAGAAACCGGCGCAGAAAGCGGCUGGUGACAGACAACAUAAGUUGCCUGCAGCUCCUUCUAAGACAGAGAAAAUAGAAGCAAUGGACACAACCCGCAGCAGCGUACUCUCGUGCUGUCCGUGCGACUCCGUGCGGUCCAACGCGAGCGAAGCGAACAAAACCACGCCCAAAAUUAAUAAAUGCUGUAGACCUACGGAUAAUUUACCAACUCGAACGACAAGUAAAGAAUUCGUCAGCGGGAGUGGGGACAAAAAGUGAUACCACGAUUUGGUAUCAUUUUUUGAGGGAUAAUGAAAGACUGCAUUGUAUCAAUAAUUAUUUAUUACAUUUCAUAUAAAAUA